GCGUCGAAGCAGCUCUCAUCUGGGUUGGCGGGAGGAGGAGGAGGAAGGUCCCUGCGCGUGCUCCUGCUGAGAGGCUGAAGAGAAGUGAUCGCUGCCUUCCCAAAGCCAGUCUCUUGAUGAAAUGAAUGGAGACAACAGCAUACAAGUGCUCCAGCGCCGGCUGGCUGCAGCAGGGCAAAGACACUUACUUCAGUUUUGGGAUGAGCUGAGUGCAGCAGAACAGCAAGAUCUAUAUGUGGAGCUGAAUGCUAUGGACUUUGAGGAGUUGCGCCACGCUUUCCAAAAGGCCAUGAUGUGCGGCAGCCAUUUACCAAAGGAGGAGAACAUGGACGACAAGAUGGAACCUGUGCCUCAGGAGGUGCUAGGAAGCACAACUCGAGACCAAGUUCAUCUUCCAGCAUGGGAAGAGGAAGGUCUCCGGCAGAUUUCUCAGAGCAAAGUUGCUGUUCUUCUCUUAGCUGGCGGACAAGGAACAAGGCUAGGUGUUUCAUAUCCCAAAGGAAUGUAUGAUGUAGGCCUGCCAUCCCAUAAAACCCUCUUUCAGAUUCAAGCAGAGCGGAUCUUGAAACUACAACAGUUGGCUGAAAAGCGGCAUUGUCUCAAAUGUGUCAUUCCAUGGUACAUCAUGACAAGUGGCAGAACCAUGGAACUGACCAAGGAGUUCUUCCAGAAGCACAAAUAUUUUGGUUUAAAGAAGGAGAAUGUAGUAUUUUUCCAGCAGGGAAUGCUUCCUGCUAUGGAUUUCGAUGGGAAAAUUCUUUUGGAGGAAAAAGGCAAAGUUUCAAUGGCACCAGAUGGCAAUGGUGGGCUGUAUCGAGCCUUGGGAGCUCAUCAUAUUGUGGAGGAUAUGGAACAGCGAGGCAUUGGCAGCAUUCACGUGUACUGCGUAGACAAUAUUUUGGUGAAAGUGGCUGAUCCUUCGUUUAUUGGAUUCUGCAUACAGAAAGGAGCAGAUUGUGGAGCAAAGGUAGUUGAAAAGACAAACCCCACGGAGCCAGUUGGUGUGGUAUGCCAAGUUGGGGGGCUUUACAAAGUGGUGGAGUACAGUGAGAUAUCUUUGGCCACAGCACAGAAAAGGAGUCAUGAUGGCCGGCUGCUUUUUAAUGCUGGGAACAUUGCCAACCACUACUUCACGAUGGACUUUCUGAAGAACAUUGUCAGCAUUCAUGAACCCCAACUGCAACACCACAUAGCUCAGAAGAAAAUCCCAUACAUUGAUGUGGCUACGGGGAAACUUCUGAAACCAGACAAACCAAAUGGAAUUAAGAUGGAGAAGUUUGUUUUUGACAUCUUCCAGUUUGCCAAAAAUUUCGUGGUUUAUGAAGUGUUGCGAGAAGACGAGUUCUCCCCUUUAAAGAACGCAGAUAGCCACAACGGCAAGGACAACCCCACCACGGCACGGCACUCUCUGAUGUCACUACAUCACCGCUGGGUUCUCAAUUCUGGUGGUCAUUUCGUGGAUGAGAAUAAGACACGCCUUCCUGCUAUUCCCUGUUGCACUAAUGGAAGUUCAGAUGUGAAUCAAGAUGAUGUCAAUCACAAUUUGAAAGAUGCCAGUGAUGUCCCUAUUCAGUGUGAGAUUUCUCCUCUUGUGUCCUAUGGGGGUGAAGGCCUGGAGGAGUUUGUGAAGGACAAAGAAUUUCAUGCCCCCCUGAUUAUUGAUAGAAGUGGGGUUCAUGAAUGGGUGAAGAAUGGGGUCUGAGUUCUCCACGAAGCCUCAUUGUUUUGGUCCAGACUGAAAACGGAAACAAACAUUUCAACAACACUCUUUAGAUUUUCAAUCAAAUGAUGUUUUCUCAAAAUCCAGAAUCUGACUGCACUUUGAAGGGAUGCGGUACUUUUUCCUCUCUGCAUCUUGGGGAGUUAUCUAUUUAUCUAUUUUUAUUUUUUACAGAGGUCACACAUUAAACAUAUUAAACAAUAAA